AUGAAAGACCUCAGACUCAAUGAUGGGACAUACGCCGUCUACACCGUCUUGGAAGGAGUGCCCAAAUGGCGCCUCUUGCCAUAUCUCUGGGUGGACAAAGCAGUCAGCCUUCGCUGGAACAGAGGCAAGGACCUCCGGACGUAUGUGGCGCCUGAUUUGGAGCAGCUGCAGCGGCGCAUAGAGAACAGGGAGAGCGUGUGGUGCGGCUGGGACCGCUUCCUUGGCGCGUCGGACACCGAGUGCGUCGCGCGCAUCUCUCCCUUUGGGCAGAUGCUGGUGGCUGUGGCGGACAGCAAGGGCACACAGCGCCUCCAGUCAGGGUUUGUCUGCACGGCGACGGUGGAGGAGAAGGUGUCAUUUGUGCAGCUGGCGCAGGGGGUGCUGGGGGCAGCGCUGUAUUGGUGGGCGGGGCCACUCAGCCACUCCAUGUUCUUCCGACUCAGCGCCGGAUCGCUCGGCUUCAUGCUCCUCUCUGUGCUCAUCCUCAUCUUCGUGCUUUCGAGGGCUCUGCCCAACAAGCGAGGCAUGGGCGCCGCGUUUGCAGUGCUGGGCAGCACAUUCACGGGGCUCAUGCGCUACUGCUUUGGCCGCUGGAUCCCCACCUUUGAGCAGCUCAUGUACAGCAAGGUGGCGCUGGCAUACUUGGGAGCGUCUUCGCUGGUGGGCCUGGCGGUGACGUACUACUAUGACAGCGAGGCCAACACGAAGCUGCAGAACAUCCUCAAGUACGGGCUCAAGCUGCUGGGCCUUGCGCUGACCGCAACUAGCACAUCCAUGCCUGAGACCUCCAUCGCGCUUGCCUCCUGCCUCAUCACCCUGGACAUAGCCGUCCAUGCCCGCGGCUUCAGAAGGACUGGCGGGAGCGUGAUGGGCGCGGGCAGGGAUGCGGGGCAGCUGGCGGACGCAGCUCUGCACAAGGUGGGCCAGCGCCUGGGGCUGGGCUCCCCUCGCACGCAGCAGCGCCCCGUUGCGCCAGCGGCUGUGCCGGACUCUCCGGCCUCCACCACCGGCUCCUCGCAGGACCUGGACGCAGCAGCCAGCAUGCCGUUGCCGGGAGAGCUAGAGUUCAAGCCACAGCAGAAUGGGGCCGUCUCACACACGCCCAGGGCACAGAUGCUGAGCUCCAGGCAUGAGGAUGCAAAUGGGCUGGAGUCUCCACUGGUGCAGCGAGGUCUUAUCUUCAAUGAGCGUACUGGGAAGACCAUAAAGAUAGGUGCUGCCACUUACAACAAGCUUGUCCUGGAAGGCUACACGCCCGACCGGGCCGCAGGCGUGCUGACUCCUCCCGUCACAAAGAAGGGCGCCUUGAAGGAUGCGGGUGGCCUUUCUGCAAUGCAGACAACCCGGACCGCUUCGCCUGUAUCACCACGCUCUCGCAGCAUGCGGCGAUGAGGCAUAAUAAAUAGCCCUGCAUAUUGGUCCAUCCCUGUGUU